AUGAGCUCGGUGCUCAGGUCACUGACGGACGCCGGACACACAGUGACCGUUUUCACGCCGUUUCUAGACGGUGACCGGAUAAACUACACGGAGGUGGAUACGUCCCGAUACUUUCCAAUGAGACUUGAAAUGGAUGUGAUGCAGACGAUCCGGGAAUUUGGAGAUCCGGUCGUGUUAAUGAAUGAGAGGUCCAGAGUGGUACGAAUCUAUUGCGACGCAAUCUACGGCAACCAGAAGCUGGCUGACCUGAUAGCUUCCGAGGCACGUCACCUAUACGACCUCCUUUUAAUCGAGCCGCUGGGCUUAGACUGCGUUUCGUACCUGGCCAACGCGCUCGAUCUGCCUGUGAUCUACUCGAUCCCAUCGCCGAUGAUCACCUUCGCCGAGCGGUGGUUCACCGGUCACUUGUCCAACCCGGCUUGCGUGUCCAACAUGUUGGCCAGCCACGCCGUGCCCGGCACAUUCCUCCAGAGGUUCACCAACACGGCGCUGCUGACGUACAGCAUGGCCAAGAUGAAGUACGACCAGCUGAUCAACUUGGUCACGGACCCGAGACCGUAUGACCUGGCGCCGACCGUCAACCCGUCCAUAAUCUUCCAGAACAGUUACUACGUCACCGAGUCACCGAGCCCGGUUACGCCGAAUGUUAUCUACGAUAUAUUAUUAGAUUUUAUCGAAGAUUCACCCGAAGGAGUGAUUUUCUUCACAUUUGGUUCUACGAUUAAAGUGUCAUCGUUGCCGGGACAUAUUGAACAAUCGUUUAAAGAAGCGUUUGCCGACAUUCCUCAGAGAGUUUUGUGGAAAUACGAAGGUGAAAUGAAGGACAAACCGAAAAACGUGAUGACGAGUAAAUGGUUUCCUCAACGAGAAAUAUUAUUACAUCCCAAAGUGAAACUAUUUAUCAGUCACGGAGGUAUGUCCGGAGUGUACGAAGCUGUGGAUGGCGGUGUUCCCGUAUUGGGAAUUCCAGUGUUUUACGAUCAGCCGAGAAACAUUGAAAAUUUGGUCCUCAAUGGAAUGGCGAUAUCCAUGGACCUGUUGUCGACGACCAAAGAAAAACUGUCCAAUGCAAUUUCGGAACUCAUCAACGACGAAAAAUACGCGAAAAAUGCUAAAAUUGCUUCCAACCGUUUCAAAGACCGGCCGAUGACACCGCAACAGUCGGUCAUAUAUUGGACGGAGUAUGUAAUCCGUCAUAAAGGCGCGCCACAUUUAAUAUCUCACGCUCUGAGCCUCACUUGGUAUCAAUAUCUCUUGUUAGAUAUAAUUGCCGUAGCGUUGAUUCUUAUUUUUCUAUUCACAUUUGUUGUCUUUAAGGUUUUCAAAUGUAUAAAAACUUUUAAGAAAGAUAAGUUUAAAACUCAGUGA